UUUUGUGUUUUCUUUCCCCACGCUAAACCGGUAACCGACGUUGCCAGUAGUGUUCUCUCCCGGCGGUCGACCUGCUGGCCUAAGCAGUCGCUGCCCGCCGCCGGUGAUGAAGCGGAAGAAGUGGAGGGCGGAGGAAGAGGCGACGCUUAUUCGGGAGUAUGCGGCCCUUCUAUCGCCGGCGGCUCGCUCGUCCCUGGGCGCUCUCCUCGUCGCUCGGCUCCGCACGCGGGAGAAGAAGUUCCAGCCGAUCGCCGACCGGGUGAACGCCGCUCACAACCUCCGCGACCCCAACGCCUUCCCCUUCCUCUGGUCCUGGCGCGACAUCUCCGUCAAGAUCCACAACAUGCGCCACCAGUUCCUCCACGUCAAGCGCAAGAUCCACUCCCUCCCCACCAACCUUCACGACGAGCACGCCCUCCAUCUAUGGCCCAACUUCAUCAUCUACAAGCAGGUCUUUGGCGACCAUCACGAUCCCCUCCACCGCCCCUCCCUCGAAACCGCUGCUCUCGACGAGAAUCGCUUCGACGAUGAUAGCAUAAACGAAGAAGACGAUGGAUAUGAUGACGUUGAGGAGGACGAUGGGGUCCAGUUGUUGGAUGACUUCUCUUACUCCGACCAAGAAUUGAUGGAGAAAGACGAAAGGGGUAUUGCAACAACUGUAGAUCAAGGGGAAGAAUCAGAGGAAUUAGGGUUAGAAUUGCCAAGCAAAGAUCCUAGCCACUUCCGCAGGAAAAAAGUGGAAUUUUUUAGUUCCAAGAUGGUAGAGAUUGGUGAGAUUGCAAUGAGGAGGGAGGAAAGGAGACGCGAAAAAGAAUUGGUGAGAGAGGAGGAGUAUCUGGAGAGGGAACUGCAAAAAAGGGCAUUUGUGCACCAGAGGGAGAUGGACGAGGAGGAGGACAGGAGGCUGCAAUGGAGAAAGAGGAGGCUAAGGGAGGAGAGGAGGGAAGUAGAGGAUAUGGAGUGGAGAGAAAGGAUCCUGGUGAUGCAGAUGGAGCACGAGAAACAGGCUAUGCAAAUGCAAGCCGAUGCUUUUCAAGCUCAGAUGCAAAUGAUUGCCAUCUUGGUGAGGAUUAUUUGCCAAUUCCUUGGAGGAGGAGCAGGUGGUUCUGAUGGUGGAAUUGGGGGAAUGCAACAUCAAGUGAUGCAGCCACAGCAACAAGAGCAACAAGAGUCACCUGAAACAUUGGUUGGAGACAAUGGAAAGAACGGAGAUGACUCUACCACGCACUAUGUGUAGAUUUCAUGAAUCAGAGUAACGACCUUAUAACGAAAGAAGGUUAAGGAGUCGAUAAUUAUUAAAGCAGAAGCAAGGUCGCCAACAACUACAAAGCUACAACGUGAUCCAGGAAAAGUAGCAGUUAAAUUAUUGAGGGAAAAGAAGGGUGAAUUGUUGAUACACAGGAAUUCCGCAGUUUGAUUAAACAACACUAUAUUGGCAUCUCACCUUAUGGUCUAAAUUAAAUGAAUUGAUUUAGACCUAAAUGAAUUGGGCCCCUGGGCUUGGUGCGGUAGUACGAGGGAUGGUGUAUUUUUUAAGUAAUUAGGAUUCAAUUUUUUUUUUUUUUUUUAUGUCGGACACAUCUAUUGCGAUUGAAUUACCGGUGAAGUUGGGACA